UGUCGAUCUGAAAUCCCAGAAUACGCCGAAUUUUUGCACUGCAAGUCGCGCAAGUUCACGGAUUUCGACGAAGUCCGCCAGGAGAUCGAGGCCGAGACCGAGCGGCUCACGGGCACCAACAAGGGCAUUUCCCCCGUGCCCAUCAACCUCAGGGUCUACUCCCCCCAUGUGCUGAACCUGACCCUGAUCGACCUGCCUGGCAUCACCAAGGUCCCGGUGGGGGACCAGCCCCAGGACAUCGAGUUCCAGAUCCGGGAGAUGAUCCUGCAGUUCAUCAGCAGGGACAGCAGCCUGAUCCUGGCCGUCACCCCGGCCAACGUCGACCUGGCCAACUCGGACGCGCUCAAGAUGGCCAAGGAGGUGGAUCCCCAGGGUAGGAAAGGGUUAAUUUGGGGUUUGGGGGGGGAUCCCAGGGUUAUCACAGAGAACAAACUGCUGCCCCUCAGGAGGGGUGGGGCAUUGUCAUGGUCACCUAAGGACAUCGAUGGCCGCAAGGACAUCCGCGCCGCGCUGGCGGCCGAGCGCAAGUUCUUCCUGUCCCACCCCGCCUAUCGCCACAUGGCCGAGCGCAUGGGCACCCCUCACCUGCAGCGGGUCCUCAACCAGCAACUGACCAACCACAUCCGGGAGUCGCUGCCGGCGCUGCGCAGCAAGCUGCAGAGCCAGCUGCUCUCCCUGGAGAAGGACGUGCAGGAGUUCAAGAACUUCCGUCCCGACNNNCCUGCCAGGAAAACCAAAGCUCUGCUGCAGAUGGUGCAGCAGUUCGGGGUGGACUUUGAGAAGCGCAUCGAGGGCUCAGGGGACCAGGUGGACACCCUGGAGCUCUCGGGGGGCGCCCGGAUCAACCGCAUCUUCCACGAGAGGUUCCCCUUCGAGCUCGUCAAGAUGGAAUUUGAUGAGAAGGAUCUGAGGCGGGAGAUCAGCUACGCCAUCAAGAACAUCCACGGGGUCAGGACGGGGCUCUUCACCCCAGACCUGGCGUUCGAGGCCAUUGUCAAGAAGCAGGUGGUGAAGCUGAAGGAGCCGUGCCUGAAGUGUGUGGACCUGGUGAUCCAGGAGCUGAUCAACACCGUGCGCCAGUGCACCAGUAAGGUACUGGUCUGGACUGGUCUGGACUGGUCUGACACCAGUGACACCAGUGACAGGGACUGGUCUGACACCAGUAACACCAGUAACAGAGCACCAGUAAGAAGCACCAGUAAGAGCCUGGUGAUCCAGGAGCUGAUCGACACCGUGCGCCAGUGCACCAGUAAGAGCACCAGUAAGAGCCUGGUGAUCCAGGAGCUGAUCGACACCGUGCGCCAGUGCACCAGUAAGAGCACCAGUAAGAGCCUGGUGAUCCAGGAGCUGAUCGACACCGUGCGCCAGUGCACCAGUAAGAGCACCAGUAAGAGCCUGGUGAUCCAGGAGCUGAUCGACACCGUGCGCCAGUGCACCAGUAAGAGCACCAGUAAGAGCCUGGUGAUCCAGGAGCUGAUCGACACCGUGCGCCAGUGCACCAGUAAGAGCACCAGUAAGAGCCUGGUGAUCCAGGAGCUGAUCGACACCGUGCGCCAGUGCACCAGUAAGAGCACCAGUAAGAGCCUGGUGAUCCAGGAGCUGAUCGACACCGUGCGCCAGUGCACCAGUAAGGUGAUCCGCCGGGGCUGGCUGACCAUCAACAACAUCAGCAUCAUGAAGGGCGGCUCCAAGGAGUACUGGUUUGUGCUGACAGCUGAGUCCCUGUCCUGGAACGUGUACAAGGACCUGAGGCAGAUCGAGCUGGCCUGUGACUCCCAGGAGGACGUGGACAGCUGGAAAGCCUCGUUCCUCAGGGCUGGGGUCUAUCCUGAGAAGGACCAGACUGAGAGCGAGGAGGGGGCGCAGGAAAAUUCCUUUUCCAUGGACCCCCAGCUGGAGAGGCAGGUGGAGACCAUCCGGAACCUCGUGGAUUCCUACGUGGGGAUCAUCAACAAAUCCAUCCGGGACCUGAUGCCAAAGACCAUCAUGCACCUCAUGAUCAACAAUACCAAGGAUUUCAUCCACAGGGAGCUGCUGGCCCCAGACAAACCCAAAUUCCCACACAAACCCAAAACAAACCCUAAAUCUCACACAAUCUCUUCUCAGACCAAGGAUUUCAUCCACGGGGAGCUACCAAGGAUUUCAUCCACGGGGAGCUGCUGGUCCCAUACAAACCCCAAACCCCAAAUCUCACACUAA